AUGAUUAUCGUUAAAAGAAAUUUUCAUAAUUAUUUUGCUAAAAAUGCUUUAAAAGAAAUCUUGAAGAAAGAAAAUAUUAAUUUUAAUGAUAUACAUAAAAAGGUAUACAUUGGUAAUUCUAUUUACAGUGGUUUAGGAGUUUUUUCUUUUGAUAUAUUAAAAAAAAAUGAAAUAAUUGAAGUAUGCCCAACAAUAGAAAUAGAAAAUGAGGAAAUGCCAAAAAUUCUAGUAGAUUACUUAUUUGAAAGUGAAAAGGGAAAUAUAAAUAAAAAAAUAGUUGACAUUUUAACAAAAAAAAAGGAAACAAAACGUAAUAAACUUUUACCUUUAGGAUAUGGAAUGUUAUAUAAUCAUUCUAAUACACCUAAUGCAUUUGUUCAUAUUUUUCCUAUUAAUCAAAAUAAAGAAACAGUUACUUCAAAUAAAAUUAUGAUAUUUUAUGCUGAACAAGACAUACAAAAAAAUGAAGAAAUUUUUAUUUCAUAUGGAGAAUCUUGGUGGAAUGUAAGUUUAUAUAUAUAA